AUGGCCUCGCCGACCAGACCUUCGCCUGCGGCCGCACACAUGCCAAUGGUAAUGCCGGAUUAUGAACUCAACGAGAACAUUGGCGAUUUCUUGGGUUAUCUGACUCUGGCUGUUCUUGGUCUCAUAGCGUUGCUACGAUUGCCAAGUUUUAUCAAAUAUCGAUUUAGCGCAACUUCGCGGCCAGCUUCGUUCGCAACUAAAGGCUACUUGCUGUCCAAAAAUCGCAAUGAAACCGAAUCAAAAGCUACUCAACCUUUCGCCAGUGGCAGCCCAUUGAUGAGGGCUAAAUUGACUUCGAUCAAGCUAUAUAAUCUCAAAGUCCCUUAUCUUGGUUCUUUGCUGAAUCAGUUCAAUCUAGGAAAUUGUCUGUUUCUUCUGAUCUACUUGGUCCUUUUGGUAGUCCUCUCGCUCUAUAGGAACACUGAUGGAGUAACGAGCCUUAAGAACUACAAAAGAUUUGGUUUUAUUGCGAUUUCACAAUUUCCGCUGCUAUUCGUGUUGUCAAUGAAGAAUUCACCUUUGAGUUACAUUACUGGUGUUGGUUACGAACGACUGAAUUUCGUCCACCGGUCUGUUGCGAGAAUCAUCUUCAUAUUCGCCAUUAUCCAUGGAGCCUUACAAAUGAAGUUGCAAUAUGAUUUUACGCGCGAGAUUCAUUUCAAGAAAGCUUCGCGAAGAGGAUUAAUUGCACUUUGCUUGCUUGCAUUCCUCAAUCUCAUGGGGUCCAGGGUCUUCCGUAACUGCUGUUAUCAAGUCUUCUUAACAUUUCACGUGUUCGGUUAUAUCACGUUGAUUGUGAUGCUUUGGUUACACACGGAAUGCACCAGACCAUUUUUGGCGGCUUGUAUUGCGUUCCUCGUUCUGGAUAACCUGCUCAAGAUUGUAAAAUCAAGAUUCAAGCUUGCUACAUUUACUGCCAUGCCAGGUGGCUUAACCAGGAUCGAGGUUAAAGGUAUUAAUGAUGGCUGGCGCGCAGGCCAACAUGUGUUCUUGAGAGUUCUAAAAGGGCGCCAAAUAUUUGAGAAGCACCCCUUCACAAUUGCAAACGCACCUAAUUCAUCAACUCCAUAUGGGUCAACCGACCAUUUGCUCAUUGUGGCAAAAGCGGCCGGCGAUUUCACUGAGAGAAUAUAUUCUUUGGCAGGUCAGCCACGAGAGAAUAGCUCAGAUAAUGUGGGGUUAGAAUCGAAUCUACCCUCUCCAAUCGAAAUGAAGGACGAAUCCAAAGGUUGCACCGUGAUAGUCCAAGGCAAUUUAUCUCCUUCUGUCACUUCCUAUCAUGUUCUUGUGGAUGGACCGUACGGGACCUUUUUCACCGACAUGACUCGGUAUCGUACAGUCCUACUAUGUGCUGGGGGAAGUGGUUUCACUUAUUGUAUGGCAGCUCUUGAAGACGUUAUCGGCCAAGCUGUUAAAAGUCGUAAAAGUAUCACGAAGCAGGUUCAUGUAGUUUGGAGCUUGCGGGAGCCAGAUAUGAUCGAAAGUUUUGGCCCGGGGAUGGAGGAAACAAUCAGGGUUGCCCAAGCUCACGGGAUCGCUGUCACAGUCAAACUAUUCCUAACAAAAGCAAACAGCAAUACCUUAGUUGAACGAAGUUACUUGGCAUCGAUGGAAUUGAAUUCUGCUCGGCCAAACUUCAAGGAAGUCCUCAAUGAAGUCGCAUUCGAUGAAACUCUGGAUAACGGCGGUGGAUUGGGCGUGGGUGUUUGUGGACCCUCUGGCUUUGUCGAAGGAUUCAGCCAAGCCGUUCUUGACUUGGAUUCUGACCGAGUCCAAAGGAUUGGCGGAGUCAAAUUGCACACCGAAAAAUUCGGUUGGUAA